UCUCUCUCUCUCUCUCUCUCUCUCCAACUGCCAUUAGAUGAUGAUAUUAUUGUGAUAUUGAAGGAGUUGUAUGUUUGUUAUAAUUAUAUAAUUAUUUGGCAAAAUUGUUUGUAAGUAAUUUGCUUCUUUACAUGUGCAACAAUGCUGAUUUGUUGCUAUCAGCAGAAUUAUAGCCAAUAAGAUAUACAAACAAUAUCCAUCUAUCUAUCUUCUUCAUUCCAUAUAUGAUCGAAUCACUCAAAAUAAUUGUCUGUGAAAUAUGAUGAUGAUCAGAGGAGGAGGAGACACGUUAUUUAGGCUCAAGGGAGGAAGACACAGAUCUUCAUUAUCCUCCUUCGAUGGCUCUUCUUCUUCCACUGCCAAAUUCGUCUUCUCUUUCUCCAACAUUCACGCUCUCCAGGUGCCCAAAGGAUGGGACAAGCUCGUGCUAUCCAUGGUCUCCGGAAAGACGACUCUCCGGAAAACCGGCAAGGCACCCGUCAAGAAUGGCACUUGUCGAUGGCCCGAAACACUCUCCGAAUCCGUAUGGAUGUCCGACGGCGUCGCAGACCUCCACCAACACCUCAUCAAGUUCAUCAUUUUGCCGGGAUCUUCGAAACUCAGAGCCCUCGGCGAAGCCACACUCGAUCUGGAAAACUUCCUGAGUUCUCAAUCCCCGACUCAAGUAUCGUUACCGUUGCAAAAAUACCACCACAGCACCACCGUUCUACAAGUUGAAGUUACCUGUCUUACACCAAAAGCGGAUGUCCGGACAUUACAGGAAGCACGUUUCUCAACGUUUGUUUCACGUUCCAGCUUUGACUCGACGACAGACGAUUCUGUAGGCAGGCGUAGCCCGUCUUCGCAAAGCGGCAGCAACAAUACAGCGACCAGAAGGCAAGACUCGAUCGAAUCCAUCGAAGCUGCAUCUUACACCUCUUAUUCGGUGAAAUCAGUUCGCUCGAUCCAGGCAUCGGACAAGUAUGGCAAAAUAGACUUUGGCGAAUCAUCGGUUACGACUGCUCCAUCCUCGGAGACUUUCACUGAAGCCGAUGAUCCAGCAGUUCUAGAGCUCAUCUCUGAAGCAAAAAUGUGGGAACAGAACGCGCGUAAGCUAUCGCUCGAUUUGGAGACUUCGAGGAAGGAACUUUCUGCGUCGCAGGAAGAUUGUCGAAAACUAACUCAAGAAGUCCAUCGGCUGAAAUCCCAGCUGGAAGAAUCGCCGCCAAAAGGGAGCAUGAGUCAAUACUCGGAGAUCCGGGGAAUGGCGAGCAGCGAUAUACAGAAAGAGCUCGAGGACGAGGUGAGAUUCCAAGUAGAGCAGAACGAGCAUAUGUCGAUACAGCUCAAGAAAACGCAAGAGUCGAACAUUGAGCUCAUCGCCCUUCUUCGAGAGAUGGAGGAAACGUUGGAGAAACAGAAGCUCGAGCUGGAAAGACUUGCAACGGAUUCUAAAAUCAAUUUCCGGAAUGAGGAGUCGGAUGAAGUUAACGUUGUCGAUCAAGUCUCCGAUGAGCUUCUGAACCUGCAAGACUUAUUGCAAACAUCUCGCGGCAGAAUUCUGUUUUUAGAAAGCUCGCUCGACGACAAGAUCAUAGAGAUCGAGAUCGAGCAAGAUACCAUGAAUCUUGUUCUGAAGAGAUGUCUCGACGGAUACAGCCGUAGAUUAGGUGAGCUCGAUGCUGCCUUAUCAAGAGCGAUUAGCAAAGAAGAUUUAAAAGAGUCGAAACACAAUGACCAUCAAGAUCAGAGCAACGAGAUCGAACUACUGAGCUUAACAGAUUUUUCGGAACUAGAGACAGAUUCUCGAGACAACAAACCAGCGAUCGAUGUACAAUGCCCAAGGAAUGAGGAACCCGACGACAACUCCAUAGCAGGAAACGCCAAUUCAUACGAGAUGGAAAUCGAUAAUAAGGUGCCGAAGUAUUGUCAAGAAACCAUCGACGGGGAUUUUACAAUGAGCACCUCUGAUUGUUCCAGCCAUUCGGUAAGCGACGCUGUUCUUUACAACAGCAGCAGCAGCAUGAGCUCCCGUGUUUCAGACAACAUCGUUGAAGAAAUCGGGACACAGUGGAUGAAAUAUAUUAGCGAACUCGAAGAAGAAAACUUAUACUUAACGCAGCGGGUGUAUGGCUUGGAAGCUCAGCUAAGAUACCUGGUCGAUGCAAAGGAAUCGGGUUCGCUGGAGUUGAAGCAUUCAGAGCACGAGAUUAUGCGCCUCCAUGAUCAAGUCAGAAGACUGCAAGAAGAAAUCAAAUCCCAGAAACUUGACGCGAAGCAGAAGGUGCAAGGAGCGGAGAAACGAUGGUCCGAAGCUCAGGACGAGUGCGACCGCCUCAGCAAGCUGAAUGUGAAGCUGCAGGCCACAACCGAAUCCCUUGUCGACGAAUGCAGGUUACAGCAAAAGCUCGUCGGGAAGAUGAAGGAGCGGAAGCUGAAGUUGGAAGAGCGGUGUCUUUUCUUGGAGGGGGAAGCAAGAAAAUAUAAAGGCGUUCACUACAACAAAUCAGAACACGAACUUCUUGUCAAUGUGCUAGAAUCGAAUCUGAACUUGAACAAGCUCGACUGGGCGAAGAGAAUUACCUGCUGA